UUGACUUCCUUCUUCUUCCAUGGGCACAGAUACCAUUCUUUCCUUCAUCAUUAUAAUAAUCUGCUUUGCUUUCCCAAAUGCAGCAAAUACCGACCCAUCAUCACUAUGUACCCAAACUCCAUACCCUCAACUUUGCGAGUCUCUCUUUGUUGCCCAUAACCCACAAAAUAGCUCCACCGUCCGGAAUUUAGCCCUCGGCGCAACACUAGCUCGCGCUCAAAGCGCCCAUGACCACAUUUCUGCUAUGGGCCCCACCCCAUUCCCAUCCAACCAACUAGCCAAUUUAGCCUGGGCAGAUUGCGUCAAUCUCUACGAAGACACGCUCGACAAAGUCCGCCGUUCCGCCGCCGCAUCCGCCGCCACCAACGACGCCCAAACGUGGCUAAGCGCCGCCGUCACCAACCACCAAACCUGCCGCAACGGCUUCACAGAUUUCCAAUUACCCUUCAAUUUCCACCCCUUCCAAGACAUAGCCACUGACCUCUUAAAGCACGUUUCCAACUCGCUCGCCAUAAUCAACGCGCUCGCUCUAUCUUCGCCGCCGCGCUCGCGGGCCGUGGGGUUUCCGAGCUGGGUUUCGAGGUCCGACAGGAGGCUCCUGCGGCCUAAUGUUGCGAAGAGUGUCGCGGAUAUCGUGGUCGCGAAAGAUGGGUCGGGCAAUUACGACACCGUUUCCCAAGGCUUGGCCGCGGCGGUGGCGCUUAGUGAUGGCAGUAGUAGAUUUGUGAUAUAUGUGAAAAGAGGCGUUUAUGAGGAAAAUGUGGUGGUUACGAAUUCGAUGAAUAAUUUUAUGGUGGUUGGAGAUGGGAUCGAUGCUACUAUUAUAACUGGGAAUAGAAGCGUUGGAGAUGGCUCUACAACUUUCCAUUCCGCCACUUUUGCCGUGAUAGGAAAUGGUUUUAUGGCACGAGAGAUAACAUUUGAGAACACCGCCGGGCCUGAGAACCACCAAGCGGUGGCGCUUCGUUCCGGCUCGGAUUUCUCAGUUUUUUACCGAUGCAGCUUUAAGGGCUACCAGGACACACUCUACGUAUACUCUCAGCGACAAUUCUACGGGCAUUGUGACAUAUAUGGGACGGUGGACUUCAUAUUUGGCGACGCCAUCGCCGUGGUGCAAAACUGCACCAUUUACGUAAGGAAACCUAUGACCAGCCAGAAAAAUUUUGUGACGGCCCAAGGGAGGAGUGACCCUAACCAAAACACCGGAAUUGUAAUCCUCAAUUCCCAUGUGACUGCAACCUCGGACUUGGGACCGGUGCAGGGCUCGUUCCCAACUUAUCUGGGUAGGCCAUGGGAAAAAUAUUCGAGAACGGUGUUUUUAAUGUGUACACUUGACAGUUUGAUCGAUCGAGAUGGCUGGUUUCCGAUGGUUGGGAACUAUGCUCAAACGUUGUACUAUGGGGAGUAUAUGAACACCGGCGAUGGUGCUCAAAUAAGUGGCCGGGUGAAAUGGCCAGGGUACCAUGUAAUCACAAGCGCUAUCGUAGCCCAAAAAUUAUCGGUCGGCGACUUUUUGGCCUGUAUAACGGAUUGAACAAUCAUUAUUGUAUAAACCAUGGUUUUGACAAUA